AUGAAAAAUCCAUGUUUGUGGGAUCAUACCAUUUCUGUGAAGCUUAGAAAUCCAUUAACUGUAAAAGAAGUAUGGCUGAAAGUAGCAAAAGAAUUAGAUGAUAAAUUUGAGGCAGAGGAGAUAAAGAAACGUUGGCGAAAUCUUAGAGAUUCUUACAAGAAAGCAAGAAAAAAGAUAACUGCUUAUAUACCUAGUGGCUCAGCAGCAUCUGCAUCAAACAACGAAGACAGUUUUCGAUUUUAUGAUCAAAUGAAUUUUUUGUACGACUCAUUGAAUUCUAGACCUAAUAUUUUACAAGAUUUUGAUUUCAACGAAGUAAGCAACUCCGAUGCACUUUCUGCUACAAAUGAACAACCCAUUGACAUGGAAUCUAUUGGUGAAACAGAAAUAGAUAGCAACUCAUUUGAUCAUAACCAGUUAACAAAGCACACCAAACGUACAAGAAAACAAUCAGCUGAUACUCAAUUUAAACAAAGCGUUGCACAAAUUUUAUCAGAGUGCAAUAAACGAGAUAAUGAUGGUAUUGAAGGCUUUCUAAUGCAGCUGGUUAAAAUUAUGAAAAAAUUACCUUAUAGAGAUAGAAGAAUACUUCAAAUAGAUAUUAUGAAUUUAGCAUAUAAAGCUGAAGAAAAGGCAGGGAUUUUAUAA